AGCAUUUUGCUCUCGCGCCUUGUCGAAGACGGAUUGCUCGGUUUUAUUAACAAUUUUCGUCCUGUUGGUUGCGCAAUGGGCUGGCGAUGGUUGCCUGUUUUGCCAAGACUCUGCUACUACGGAUUCAGCUUCAGCUCCAGCUUCUACUUCUCGCCAGCAUUCUGCUCAUUCAUCAAUAGCAUCAUGAUUGCGCUCUAUAAAUGGAACUUGUCUGGUUGGACCUCAAUUUAUAGCAUCAGAUACUAUGGCUACCCACUUCGUGUCAACUUCAUCGACGGCCGGAGGGUUGUAUUCUCCGAGAAUUUUACCCGUCAGAGGCAUGGCUUUUUUUUCUGCGCUGACCUUGAAACCCGCAUAUACUUAGUUCAGUCGAUUUGA